AUGGGAAACAAAGUCUCGGCUAUUGACGCUCGAGUCACAAAGAAAGGAAAGAAGCACGUCAGGAAUCGAGGAAUGUUCAAUUAUCCAAACGGACGAAACAUUCGAGAAGAAUAUCCUCGAGCUGGGGCCAACCAAUGGGUGACUGUGUUCUUCAACUGGGCUGACCACAAGUACAACGACGAAGAGUUGAUGGAUCUUGUAGUGGUUCGCAUCAACGCUAGGGAUGGCAUCAUUUCAUCCGAACCCGUCCAUCACGAUGUCAGAUGGUGUCUAUCCCUCCGUGUUCCAGGAUACUGGCAGCCUAGCGAUGUUUCGAUUGCCGCCGCCGCCAAGGUCAUUGCACGAUGGCAUCAAAGUGAAAUGCGCCACGCAGGUGUGAAGAUCAACCGAAGAUAUCUUUUCCGUGGUAGCAAUCGAAAAAAUCGUCUUGAGGGUACUCCGUUGCCCUACACUGCCUCACCGAUAAAGUUACUCUGGAGCGACUUGGUCCUGUUUGUUUCAAAGCUAUGGGCACUUCCAGGUAUCUUCCUGCCCCUGAAUCUAGCUCGUACUCAUGAAUGGGACGAGUUCUAUCCCUCGUUACGCAAUGGAGCUACCGUGUUGAUCCAUAUAUUCCUCGUGGUUUAUCAACUUGUUUUCCUGCUCUCGUUGCCGAUCAUGGUCAUCUGCAUGAUCCCAGGUCUAUGGAUCCUUGUUUAUUCUGCUAUUGGUUUCACUAUCAAUUAUGCGAUUGUGAUGUUGUUGUUGAACGGCUUCCAGAGGGUCCUGGUGUCCCAGGUUCCCGUGAUCGAGCGACCAGGUCAUGAGCGGGAGCGUUGGCUAUAUAUAAAUGGAAUUGCAGCUGGGCAUCACUGGGUACAGAUGAAUAUCGAUCAACUGUCAUACAUCUUUGGUCGGAAAGUGACAGGUGUGCACAAUCGCACCGCGGGUAUCGUCUUUGAUCUCAUCGAAUGUCUGAUUCAGCGGGAUUUUGCAUACGCGACUGACGAUAUACGACGAUCGUAUGCCUUGGUCAAGGAAGCUCUAUUGGACCCAGAAUGUGACAGGGUGGUUCUACUUCUUCACAGUCAAGGUGGUAUUGAAGGGGGGCUUGUCGUGGACUGGCUUCUGGAUGAGCUACCACACGAUCUCCUACAUCACUUGGAGGUGUAUACGUUUGGAAAUGCCGCAAAUCACUUCAACAAUCCACGAUGGACAAAACCAGGAAAACCACAGAGAAUGUCAACACCUGAUCUAAUGCACCAAUUUGACCAAUCCAUCGGCCAUAUCGAGCAUUACGCCAACGCAGCUGAUAUUGUGGCUCUGGGAGGUGUGCUCCACUUUGUGGACAUCCCGAAUCGAUACAUGGGCCGGCUGUUCGUGCGCCCAAAUUCAGGCCACCUACUCAAUAUGCAUUACUUGGACAACAUGUUUACUCUAGGCCCUGAUAUGAAAACCCUAGAUUCCAAUCCAUUCAUGGAUAUGGAAGUCGAGCCAUGGGCAACCGCCGGUAUAAACGGAUAUGAUGGCCCCCCGCAUCGAAUCAGGUAUCAACCCACGAUAGCCCGAGACGAGGCAUUUCUCCCCGCCACACUGAGCCUGCAGCGGUCACAAACGAAUGAUGUGGGUCGAGUACUGCGCGUCAAGGACUUCAGUCGACUCUGGCAGUAUAGAAAUGGAGGACACCCGAAAGACACAGAGGUACGGCAUGAUAAUGACACCGAUGAACACGUCCAUUUUUAG